AUGCCACAACAAAACAUGAAGGACUCGGCCUCAGCUCACGAAGCGCUUCACACAGCCACCUCCCUUCAGGACUGUGUAGUAUUCAUGGGCAACUGUGGUCAAGUCCUUGCUGCAUCCAAAUCCUUCGCGGGGCCUACCAAGCUUACCUCCAGGCUCAUCCUUUUCAUAUCUCGAGAUAAAGACCCAGUUUUCUUGUUCGAGAUCAGCUUCCCUCUCGGCGAGGGUCAGACCGACAACGAAAAUGUCGGUUUUGGCGUAAAGCACCGGUACACCUUUGGCAAAAGCAAGGUUGAGGCGAAUGAUCGCCAAACUGUAGAAGUCCGCUUUCCUCGCGGAAAGACACAAGCCAAGUGUCUUGCCGCCCCAGCAUCUAUCGUUGACCAAUUCCGGGUCAAGGACAAGGACAAGGUGUGCAUACUCACAGUCUCUGUGACAGCACCAGUCACAAUUGUCGGCUACGGUUGUCCUUUUCGUAGCGCCGAUAGGGAGGUCAAUAGUUGGGUCAAUGACAACAAGCCCAUCGGUAAAGGAGUUAAUCUGCAAACCUUCCUGAAACAGCAGUCAUUCACCUUCCUCGUGGGUAAAGGGGCCGUUGACUUCGAGAGGAGGCUGGGUCUGGACAGACUUCCUCCACCCUUCCAUUAUCCCUAUGGUGAUGACCAGACUUGGAAUGAGGCUCGACUCGCCAAAGAGUCCACUCUCAGGGGCGAUCAGUUCCCGCUGCGAUACAGCCAUCCCGAUGACCUCAGCCAUGUGACAGCUAUUGUCCAAGGAACGUCUCAAGACAUCAUGUGGCUAAACGAGAGGCGUAAGGAGAUCGCUGCGACCAAGUUCAGCGGUUACUUUGUUACACCGCCCGACGGUACAAUCGACAAGGCCACGUCUCUCUACCUGGUGAUCGCCCGGACCCCCGAGUUCAAGCAUAAACAAGCAUGGGUACAUCUGCAGAAAGGCCACCUUGUCAAGGUGGCUCUGUUCAAUUCGCCCAGUGAUGAGACGGAAGAAGAGACCUGGAACGCCAAAAUCGUGUCUUCUUCUGAGGACAUCCCCGAGCUCUCUGACCAUGCCAUCGAGAAACAUGAGCUUUUCUUGAUCGUCCAGACGAAGGUGAAACCCGACGCGCCUUAUGAGAUCAAGUGCUAUUGCAGCCGCGAAGCCGCCCAGGACAAGGAUCACAAGCGCAGGGUCGACGCUGCCAAUCUCUUCCGGUCUGACGCCGAUCCUGUCAAUUUUGACCUUUUGGGUCUUCCCUCAGACCCUCAAUUUCCGCAGCAUAUGUUGGAUGAGAAGUUGAUGACUAUUGAGAAGAGGGAUCUCCUGGCCAAGGUACACGAUCGCAUGGAUCUGCAUCGCGCGCUCCUUCGUGGCCAAGGCUUCUAUCAGUGGAUGUCGAAGCCAGCACCACGGGAUAUCGUGGAGGCAAUGGAAGCCAUGAUGCUCCGGGAUGCCCCUGCCACUCUCCGUCCGCUCCCGGUCGUUAACUUCCUUGAAGGCGUCGACAAGGAAUACGCUGACGCGAUUGUCGAUGAAGCUCUUCCCAGUGAUCACAAGCGUCUCUGUGCUUAUCUUGAGUAUCGCCCUCUCGGUCUGGGUAUCGCCACAUCUUGUCCCGGUUCUAGCACGACUACCUUUGCAGCCGCUGCCACUCUUGUGAUGCAGGCAUCGCUUGGUCCGAUCUUCUGCUCAGCCCCCACCAACGUCGAUGUCGACAACUUCGCGAGCCGUAUUGACAACCGUAGCGCCAUGAUCGCUGCCAGAUGCAAUGACCGCAAGCACGUUGGCAGAGCUCCCAGGGUCCAUCGUAGGUUUGUUGUUCGUGCCUAUGACAUGACGCAUGAGUCUGUCGCCUUUCGCCGUUUGCUCCAAGACCCUAACCAGGGCGAUAACGCUGCGCCCAACUCUUUCUUUGACCCGCCUUCGAACUGGAAACUGCACCUGUCGCGCGUUUACUGGCUCCUCGUGCUCCUCCGCUCGCCCACUGUCAGGUCUCUGCAUCAGGAUGACGCCCCCGUAUUGCAUCACUUGCAGCAGGGCAUCGACAAGAAUCCUGACAUUGCGGGCCUACGUGCCCUCGUCACGGGGGCCAUCGAUUGGGAGACAUUCAGUGGCAGCAAGGAAUAUGACAUCGCGAUGACGACCGCGGGCGAGUAUCUCGACGAUAUUGCCCGCAGAGCUGAGAUCCUGUGUGCCACCCCAGCUGACUCAGAGAAUGACAAGAGUGUCAAGAUGUUCAAGCUGCAUGCCAAGGGUUUCGCUAUUGACGAAGCUUACAAUAUGAAGAGACCCGACCUUUAUUGUACCUGGGGCAAUACCUUGUCUCCACUCUUCGUUUUCGGUGAUCGGAAACAAUUGCGGCCUGCUGUCAUCAUGCUGACUGAGCUCUGGCCGAACUCUAAGAAGAGACCUGGAGAGUUUAUUAACCGCUUCGCCCGGGAUGCCCAAAUCUCGGCUCUAGAAUACUUGCAGGCUUCCGGUAUCCCCACGUAUCGUUAUGAUGAUCUUGAUACCACGAAGGCCAGCGACUGA